AUGGCUUCAAGUGUAAAUUCUGUCAAGACUACCCUUACCGACCCAGAUGACUCCUCUGAUGGUACUCACCUCCUAUCUAAGCCUGCACUCUCUUAUGUUGCCUUGAUAGCCAAAGUCAUCCUGGCCUCUCCUUCCAAAAAACUCAACCUCUCUUCCAUCUACAGAGCCAUGGAUGAGCAGUUUCCCCAUCUAAAGAGCCGGGGUCCAGGCUGGAGAAACAGCGUGAGGCACAACUUGUCUGUGAAUGAAUGCUUUGUGAAGGUGAACCGCUGUGAGGAUGGCCGAGGUCAUUACUGGGGCAUCCACCACGCUUACCUGAGAGACUUCCAGCAGGGGAGGUUCAAGCUGAAGGCCAGAAGAAGGAGGGAGAAGGAGAGGGAGCAGGAGCGAUGUGACAAAGCCGUGAGGUGUGUGGCGUGGAUGGAGAGCCUCGUGGGACGGUUCUGUGAGAGCAGAUCUUUGGGUUGGGUGGAGCCACAAUGCCCUCUGCAGGAACCAAUAAGAUAUCAGAUUUAUUCUUGGGACUGGAUCCAAACACGCUUUCAGCCUUUAAGUGUUGAUGUGGGCUGGAUACAAUCUGCCAGAAUCAAGCUGCCAGACUUUCAUCGCACGGCUACAGCUGUUAGAGGGCACAGCAGUCAAACCACGACCUUCAGACCCCUGCACUGCCGGGAGAUGACUGACCGGGUUCUCACAGGCAUGACAGAGUCAUAUGACGGGAGGUUCGUGACACCACCACUGCAAGCCUUUGUGCUCCCUGGCUGUUGGUGUUUGUCUCCAGAGAAACCUUUGCCUUACAGAAUUUAA